GUGCUUGUCAGCAGUGUCCACCUUGGAGACAGCGGUGAGAUGAAGUCCACAGUCCCUGCUGCUUGCCAGACACCUCCUCUGUUGGUACUGGGCUCCAAACCAGGCCGUGCUGUUUGGGAAAAGGCUUCCCCCUGUAAUUACCAGUGGAUUCAAGGCGGUGCCUGAGCUCUCAUCCCAGCUGCCUGGUAGGGAUGGCUUGGCAAGAGAUGCUUCCAGCCCUACAAAGCCACUCCUUGAGCUGGGCACACCUCAGACGACACCAGAGCCCCCAGGCAGCAGCAGCAGCAGCAGCAUCGUCUCCUCUUCCUCCAUACAAAGAUGUCCCUCUCGCACACAGCCGCUGAGUACAUGCUCUCCGAUGCUCUCCUCCCAGAUCCCGGCGGAUCCCGAGCCAAGGGCCUGCGGCUGGAGCUGCCCAGCGAUCGCCUCCUCAAGUUCAUCACUGUGGGGCUUCCCCUCUUCCUCGUCUCCCUGGCUUUCGCCCGGGAGUUCUCUGCUGGCUCACAGAUCAGCUGCUUCUCCCCCACCAACUUCACUGGGAAGCAGUCAGCCUAUGUCGACACGGCUUGCUGGGACUCCCUUGUCCACCAUGGCUUGGACACCGAGGGACACGCUGUCACCAAGUCCCUGUGGGUUCUCAAGGUCUUCCCCUACUCGCUGCUGGUGGUGGCGGUGCUCAUGUACCUGCCAUACCUGCUGUGGCGUUACGCGGCCGCCCCUGCCCUCCACUCCGACCUCCUCUUCAUCAUCGACGAGCUGGACAAGUCCUACAACCGCUCCGUGCGCCUGGUGCAGCACAUGAGGAAGGUGCAGCAGGCCAGUGCUGAGCCCGAGCGCUUCUGGGAGGAGUAUGAGAGGGCCCGCCAGGAGAGGUAUUUUGAGUUCCCGUUGCUGGAGCGCUACCUGACCUGCAAGCAGCGCGCUCACUCCCUGGUGUUCAUCUACAUCCUGAGGAACCUGCUGCUGCUCGUGUUCUUGGCUGCCACCUGCCUCUACCUGGUCUUCCUCCACCUCAACAUCUUCUUCCAGGAUGAGUUCAACUGCUCCAUCAAAACAGGGCUGCUCCAGGCGGAACCCCACAUCCCACCACUCAUCCCCUGCAAGCUGGUCUUCUUCUCCAUCUUCCAGCUCAUCAGCCUCUCGGUUGGUGGUGUCUAUGUCCUCCUCAUACCCGUGGUCAUCUACAACGCCCUGCAGCUCUGCCAGUGGGACAAGGGGCUGCUCUCUGUCUAUGAGAUGCUGCCUGCCUUCGACCUGCUCAGCCGCAAGAUGCUCACCUGCCCCGUCAACGACCUCAACGUCAUCCUCCUCUUCCUCCGCGCCAACAUCUCCAAGCUGACGUCCUUCAGCCGCCUCAAUGCUGUCAGCGCCCUGAGGGAAGCCACCACCAACAAGGAGGACAUCGACACUGUCAUUGACUUCAUGACGCUGCUGGCAGGGCUGGAAACCACCAAGCCCAAACACCACCAUGCUUGUGCCCCUGAUGGCAGCACGCCCCAGUCCAACGGCAGGGCCCCAGAAAUGAAGCCUGGAGUGGAAGCAAUGGGAAAAGCCUCUCGGGACUCACUCGGCUCUGCCUGACCCCAAGAGCAGGCUGCAGGCAGAGCAGCUGGGAUCCAGUUGGAUUCAGUUCCUUAUUGCCAGCAUUCCUUGAGCACAUUAAACUCUGGUUUGGAGACA